ACUAUGGUUUCCGGGAAGGACUGCCUGGCUGCGUAGGGGUCGCGCGGUUGCAGCAAGGCGGCUGGCGCGGCUCGGCGUCGCCAUGGAGAGCGGGUCGCGGCCGUCGCUGGGCCAGGUCAUCCUGCUGGGCACCAGCUCGGUGGUCACCGCCGUGCUGUAUUCCAUAUACCGACAGAAGGCCCAGGUCGCCCAGGAGCUCAAGGGAGCUAAGAAGAUGCACUUGGGUGAAGACUUGAAGGGCAUUCUUUCAGAAGCGCCGGGGAAGUGUGUGCCUUAUGCUGUCAUUGAAGGAGCUGUGCGGUCUGUCAAAGAAACGCUCAACAGCCAGUUUGUGGAGAACUGCAAGGGGGUGAUCCAGCGGUUGACGCUUCAGGAGCAUAAGAUGGUGUGGAAUCGAACCACCCACCUCUGGAAUGACUAUUCCAAGAUCAUUCACCAGAGGACGAACACUGUGCCCUUUGACCUGGUGCCCCAUGAGGAUGGAGUGGCUGUGCGAGUGCUGAAGCCUCUGGACUCUGUGGAUCUGGGCCUGGAGACUGUGUAUGAGAAGUUCCACCCGUCUGUACAGUCGUUCACAGAUGUCAUUGGCCACUACAUCAGCGGUGAGCGGCCCAAAGGCAUCCAGGAGACAGAGGAGAUGCUGAAGGUUGGGGCCACCCUAACAGGGAUUGGUGAACUGGUCCUGGACAACAACGCUGUCUGCCUGCAGCCCCCCAAGCAAGGCAUGCAAUACUAUUUGAGCAGCCAGGACUUCGACAGCCUGCUGCACAGGCAGGAGUCCAGUGUCCGGCUCUGGAAGGUUCUGGUCCUGGUGUUUGGCUUUGCCACCUGUGCCACCCUCUUCUUCAUCCUGCGGAGGCAGUACCUACAGCGGCAGGAGCGCUCGCGCCAGCAGCAGCUCCAGGAGGAGUUCCGUGAACAUGAGGCUCACCUGCUGAGCCAAGCCUCACCUGAGGACAGGGAGAGUCUGAAGAGUGCCUGUGUGGUGUGUCUGAGCAGUUUCAAGUCCUGUGUCUUCCUUGAAUGUGGGCACGUCUGUUCCUGCCGCCAGUGUUACCUCUCCUUGCCAGAGCCCAAGAGGUGCCCGAUCUGCCGGCGGGAGAUCUCCAGGGUGAUUCCCCUGUAUAACAGCUAGGGGUCUUGCAAUCACACUGCAGAUGUCCCUCCCCUUAUCAGGGUUUAUCUUGAGGCUUUUGGUGGGAUAGCUCUACCUUCAGGUAUGAUGGAGGUGACAUUGGCGAGCCUCAAAUCUCCACAGCUGGCUGUUGCUUUUCAACCUGGAUGGCUCACUUUCCAGCUCCAAGCACCUGAUGGGAACUGUGGUGAGGGCUGCCUUCUCAGGAGCUAGAUGCUUGCUUGUGCACACCUGUGUGUUUGUGUGUAUGCGUGUGACUGAAUAAGACCAGCUUAUUGUCCAGCCACCAAGGCCUCUCUACUCUUGCUCCCUGGGGUGGUGACUCCAGUAGCCUGGGAGGAAGGCUAAGCUCUGGAUGGCCUUGCAGUGUGGCCUCUUGGGAGACUGCUCUAGACUCCCCUACUUCUUCCCAGGGGAGGGAAUUUCUUAAAACUCGUCAGGCAGGGCAGGCCGCUGUGUCCCUCACUUGCUUAAUGAGUAAUGCUUGUGAAGAAGAGAGCAGGAAGUGAGGUCAGCAUGUCUCCCUGGCCCAUGUGGGUGGGACACAGGUCAGCAGGAGGACCAGGGGCAUUUCUAGGUGUUUGUAGGGGGUUGGCAAGCAGCCAGGUGUCUUCCUGUGACCGUGGGAGGGCACCAGGGUUGUGGGCAUGGAGCUCCUAAGUGCCUGUCUUCCCCAGGCCACUCUGGUUUUCCUGUGGAAAGGCCUCACUAAAAGAAAGGGAAUGAAGGUUGCUGCUGUCCUGGCCUCUGGACUUUGUAGCUUCUUUGCUUGCUUUUGCCAAAGAAAGGUAGUUGGUGGCCACCCACACAGCAAGCCAGACGACCUCAUUCUCCCCAUCAGCAGCCCUGGCAGUCCUCUCCCGCACCCACUCCUGACUUUUGAGGGCAAGAGAGAUUGGAGACCGUCGAGUGGUCAGAAGUCAUCUUUACAGCUCUUCUCUUCCUUGAACAUUCACCUGUUCUUGUUGGGGGAGAGGGGAUUCUACCGGGUGCCGGCACUAGUACAUGCAGCAUCUGAAUGAGCAGCACAAGCAGCACAAGCAGCACACGUGUGUGUCUGCAGCUUCUCUAAAGUUACCUGGCUAGGAUGAGGCUUCCCUGGGAUGAAGCUCCACUGUGACAGGACAAGGAUGGAUCUUGAAGACCUCUGUUUUCUUUGUUUGCUGUGAGGUAGCUUGGGCUCCCCACAGGAUGGGCUGCAGUUCAUGGUUGUUGAGGCCCUCCCUGCUUGCCAGGCCCACAAGGGGACUUGUGAACCCUAAGGACUUCCCUAACAGCUGGCCCAGGGUGCCACCUGGGCUUGCUGACAUAGUUGUCUUUAACAAAAUGUGUCUUCAGAACACUGGAGCAGCUGCGGUGGCAUGGGGCACUGGUGGACAGCAAGGGGAUAUUAGUGUACAGUGCUUUUUCCCCGGGAUUGUACCAGCUGCUACUAUCAGCUGGGCUGAGUGGUGAGGCAGUCUUGUGAGUUGAGGGCAGCCUAGCCUCCAUAGUGAGACCCCGUCUCAAAAGAGCUGGGGUAGGAGAGAUGGCUCAGUGGCUAAGAGCACGUCACUUGUUCUUGCAAAGGACCUGCAUGCAGUUCCCAGAACCUACACUGUUCACAACCAUCUAAACCCCACCCAGUUCCAGGGUUCCAUGCCCUCUUCUGAUCUGUGUGGGCUGUAAACAUGCACCUGGUGUACAGACAUACAGCAGGCCAAGCACACACACAUACAAAACUAAAAACCUGGAAAAGGAAAACACCACAGAAGCCCUGCAUUUGCAAAGGGAGUCCCCCUCACCACAGCCCACAGGCUGUGCCAGUGAGUGUACAGCCAGAAGAGGUGGAGUUCUGGAGGGUGGGAAGCUCACUAGCAAAUUAUGACCACCACCUGAACUCCAAGCAAACAAAAAGCUUAAAGAACAUAACACAGCCUUGCCCAGGAAACUCCAAGCUGUUCCUGUUGGACCCACAGAUUCCCUGUGUCAGUGGGAACAGUCAGAGGAAGACUUGACCAUGCUGGAGAGACAGACAGGUGCUGGCCAGUAGAGUCCUGCCCAGUGAGGACCGGGUGAGCUGACCGCUGGGAAAGCCCUUCCCCCUUCCCUCACCUUUCUGGAAGGCAGCUCUAAGGGCCCAGUGGGGCUUAGGUGGUGAUUUUGGAGCCCCGCCUUCACCAGAGUCAAGAACAAAUCCGAUCAAAGGGAUUAUGAGGAAGGGCUGGUGGCUUGUUGGUCUCCCUGUGGGCUCUUGCAGGUGAGCAGACAGCAGCAAAAGAGUCUGUCAGGGCUAAGAAGUGGGCAUGUCCCCUGGGCUAGGAUUGGGGAUCUCGGGUCCCCACUUGAGCCUGGUGUUUCUGACGCUGUAGCCAGCUUUUGCUUUUGUACCUGUCAUCUGGCCUUCCACUUUAUAGGUCGCACCUGCAGGUUGGAGGGGUCCUAGAUUGUGGUAUGUGGGACCAAGAUUGGAUUAAGGGGUGCUGAAGGAAAUGGAGUUAAGGGGAGUGGACAGUGGGACUGGUGUGGCCGAGUCUGCUGUCACUCAUCUCAGCCCUUAUAAUUCCUGGCAGGCAGGGCUAGGUGGGAGCCAUCUUGACUAACUGCUGCUGGCUUGGAAUACCCAUACAGGCACCGUACAUGCUAAGGCUUUAGUUCCCCAGAGUUGGUAUUGGUACUCGUUCAUUUCCUGUACUUGAAUCAGCACAGCGGUGACUUGGGCUUCCUCAGCCUAACUAUAAAGACGGCAGCCUUUGCUGGGAGCCCUUGAAGCCUGGGAACCCAGACAAUCUGGUUCUCCUUGGUCCUGGAUUCCAGGACACCUGUGGAGACUGAUCACAGGUCCUUCAGCCAUGUGCAAUGGCUGGAGUCUGCUUAGGUUCCACAGGCCCCCUUCUGUGCGCACGAAGUCAUCUCUGGAUUGUCCCGAUGCAAGGCGAUUCCCAGGUGACUGGGUGAAAAGUUAUGCUGUGAUAUUGUGGAGGGAAGAAGGAAAUAAAUGUGUACGUGCUCA